CGCUGGCUGCAGACGCGGGGCAGCUGCUGGAGGACAAGGGUCAGAGGAGCCAGAGAUGUCCACCCUGGGCUGGUGGCGCCGACGGGCGCCAGGAGCUGUGUGGACGUGCUAGACGGGCUGAGCUGGGCGAGCGGUGCGUCGCGCUACGCCGCGCUGUGGGCAGCUCUGCCUUCUUGAUCUUUCACCCUUCUUGGCGACAGCUGGCAAGAGAAAGAGGGACUAGGUCCGAGCGCUAGGUGGCUGGGUCCAGCCACAGACGUGCACCAGGGAGCUCGUCCCGAGAAGCAGAGGCCAGAGAACAAGGCACUGGCGUGGAGGACCGCAGGAGAUGCACCAGCCAGACGACGACAGCAACAGCGACAUGACCAGUGACGACGAAAUGGGCCGAGGCAGAGGAGAAAGCCCGCCCCCUCGACCAGGCCGUUCGUCCAGCAGUGACCGGGAGCAGGAAUGGGACCGGAGGGGCCGGAGCCACGACGUAUUGCCCCGAGACCGCUGGCUGUACACCAGGAGCCCCAGAAGCAGGCUGCCUCAGCGGGAUCUGUCCCUUCCUGUGAUGGCAAAAAGAGGUCUUGAGAUUGAGAGAGAUGACAGGGGCUCCGUGGAUCAUGAGUCCCGAUCCCAGGAUGCGGAGUCAUAUCAGAAUAUCGUGAACCUCAACCAGGACAGGAAACCUCAGAACCCAAUCCAGGACAACAUGGAGAACUACAGGAAGCUGCUCUCCCUAGGGGUGCAACUUGCUGAAGAUGACCGCCACUCCCACAUGACCCAAGGCCACUCAUCGAGGUCCAAGAGAAGUGUCUACCCAAGCACCAGUCGAGGUCUGAAAUCUAUGCCUGAAGCCAAGAAGUCGGCUCACCGGCGGGGAAUCUGUGAGGACGAGUCUUGCCAUGGAGUGAUAAUGGAGAAGUUCAUCAAGGAUGUGUCACGGGGCCCCACAUCAGGAAGAGCACGGGAGUCCGCGGAUCGGCCACAGAGGCUCCCCAGAGUGUCCGAUGAUAACUGGAAGGACGCUUCCUUCAACAGGAGGGAGUCGGUGAUCCAGGAGAGGGGUGCUGAAGGGAGUGCCUUCAGGGGAGGCUUCAGGUUCAACUCAAGCCUUGUUUCCAGAAAGAGAGUUCUGGAAAGAAAAAGGCGCUAUCGUCCUGACACAGUUCACGAUCACAAAGGCUGUGCCAGGAAGAAGCCCUUCGACUGUGGCAGUGAGAUGAGGAAGGCCAUGAGCCUGAGCAGCCCCAGUGGCCUCAGUGCGCCCUCCUUCUCCGAGCCACAGCCAGUGGGCUUUGGGCCGAUGGCCUACGUGUGCGACGAGUGUGGGAGGUCGUUCAGUGUCAUCUCGGAGUUUGUCGAGCACCAGAUCAUGCACACCAGAGAGAACCUCUAUGAGUAUGGCGAGUCCUUCAUUCACAGCGUGGCCGUCAGUGAGGUGCAGAAGAGUCAGGCUGGAGGGAAACGCUUCGAAUGCAAGGAGUGUGGGGAGACCUUCAAUAAGAGCGCCGCCCUGGCUGAGCAUCGGAAGACCCACGCGCGGGAGUGCCGCGCAGACCGCAGGGAGCAGCAGGAGGCGGCCAUGCCCAGCCCGACCUUCAGCGAGCUGCAGAAGAUCUACGGCAAAGACAAGUUCUACGAGUGCAGGGUUUGUAGGGAGACCUUCCUUCACAGCUCUGCCCUGAUCGAGCACCAGAAAAUCCACAACAGAGGGAAUUCUGGAGAAGACAAAGGUAACGAGCAUGAGCCUGAGCGCGAGCGUGAGCAUCGGGAGACCUUUAUGCCCAGCGCAGCCCUGAGUGAGUUUCAGAAAAUGUACAAUAAAGAGAAAAUCUACGAGUGUAAGGUAUGUGGGGAGACCUUCCUUCAUAGCUCAUCCCUGAAGGAACAUCAGAAAAUCCACACCAGAGGAAACCCAUUUGAAAACAAGAGCAAAGUGUGUGAGGAAACCUUUAUUCCUGGUCAGUCCCUUAAAAGGCGUCAGAAGACUCACACCAAGGAGAGGCUCUUCAACUCUAACGAUGGCAGGGAUGCCUUUAUGCAAAGCUCAGAUCUCCAUGAGCAUCAGAAAAUUCAUUCUCGGAAGAGCUUCUUUGAAAGCAGGGCCUACGAGAAAUGUGUCCUUCACAGCAUGCCCUUCCCUGAGUCUCAGAGGAGUCACACUAUAACAAGGCCUCCUGAAAACGAGGAGGGCGAGAAGAUGUUCACCAUCAGCACCAGCCCUGACGGAGACCAGAGGCUGGCCACCACUGCACCGUUACACAGGAGGCCUGUCACUCACAGCUUCACCCCUGCCGAAGCCCAGAGAAGCCACAGUGCUGUGGGGCGCAGCAGACCAAAAGCAGUUGCCGGGUCCACCCUUCAGAGCUCAGAUGCUGCUCGGAGCUCCUGUGCAGUGAGCGAGUAUGAGAGGUCUGUCAUCCGCAGCCUGGCUGCUCCCAGAGCUCUGAAGCGCCCCAGUGGAAGUGGGCGAAGCGAAGGUGAUGAGCAGGGAGAGUCCUCCUCAUACGUCUCAGAUCUUGACCACAAGCGGCGGAGGAUUCUCGCCAGGGAGAACCCCUACGACGGGGGCAAGAAUAGCAACUAUAAGGAUUCUGCUACACAAAGUGCACCCUACGCCGAGUCUCAGAGGUGGCUUGCCGGGGAGGGACCCAGUGAGUUUAAGCAGGAUGGCAGAUUCUCUAUUCCCAGCUCAAAAGUUCGUGAACACCAGAAAGCUCGUGCUAAGAAGAAGUACAUCGAGCACAGGGGCAAUGAGACCUCUGUGAUUCAUUCCCUGCAUUUUGGUGAACUGCAAACCGUUCGCCCCAGAGAGAAGCUCUACGAAUGUCAGGAGUGUGGGGAGUCCUUCGCACGCAGCUCUGACCUCACUGAGCACCAGAAGAUUCAUAACAGAGAGAAGCCCUCUGGAAGCAGAACAUAUGCACGGUCUGUGAUCCGCAGCUUGGCCCCCACAGACCCUCAGACAAGUUACGCCCAAGAGCGGUAUGCUGAAGAGCAAGCACGCAGCAAACUUAGGGAGUUCGGGCAGAGCGCUACUGUCAGCAGCUGCUUCAGUGCACGUCAGAACAUCCGUGCCCAAGAGAAGUCCUACGGCAAGGAGACCCGAGGUCCCGAGCCCCACAGCAAGGAACCCCGUGCUCAGGAGCCCCACAGUGAGGAGCCCCGUGCUCAGGAGCUCCACAGCGGGGAGCCCCGUGCUCAGGAGCCCCACAGCGGGGAGCCCCGUGCUCAGGAGCCCCACAGCAGGGAGCCCCGUGCUCAGGAGCCCCACAGCGGGGAGCCCCGUGCUCAGGAGCCCCACGCUCAGGAGCCCCGUGGCAAGGAGCCACGUGGCCAGGAGCCCCGUGGCCAGGAGCCCCAUGGUGUGGAGACCCAUGGUGAGGAGACCAGUGGUCAGACGGCUGAAGAUGCCAUCAUUCAGGGCUCAGAUCUGGAGGAAGGCCAGAAGGAUGAGCCGGAUGACACCAUCUACGAAUGUCAGGCCUGUGGGCUGGGAUUUGCAGACCUCACGGACCUCACCAGCCAUCAGGAUGUGCACAGCGGGAAGAGUGCUGCUGACAGGAGCGAGAACACACGCCCUCAAGUCCAUACCCAUUCCAUCGACGCGCUUCAGAAAGAGUUCACUGGUGAGCAGCUCUUUGAAUGCCCAAAAUGCGGGGAGUCUUUUAUUCAUAGCUCCUUCCUUUUCGAGCAUCAGAGAAUCCAUGAACAAGACCAGUUGUACUCCAUGAAGGGAUGUGACGAUGGUUUUAUCUCCCUCUUGCCUGUGAAGCCACGGAGGAAUCGUGCUGCAGAGAGGAACCCUGCCCUGGCUGGGUCGGCCAUCCGAUGCCUUCAGUGUGGACAGGGCUUCAUCCACAGCUCUGCUCUUAACGAGCACAUGAGGCAUCACAGGGAGGACGAACUGCUGGAGCAGAGUGAGGCGGCCGAGGAAGUCCUCAUUCACGGCUUCGCCCUCACCGAGUUCCAGGGAAGCGAGCCCGAGGAGAAGCUCUUUGAAUGCACCAUCUGCGGAGAGUGCUUCUUCACUGCCAAAGAACUGGGUGAUCACCACACGAAGGUCCACAAAGAUGAGCCCUACGAGUAUGGGCCCUCCUACACCCACACCUCCUUUCUGUCCGAGCCCUUCAGAAAGCCAGUGCCGUUCUAUGAGUGCAAAGACUGCGGGCAGGCCUUUAUUCAUGACACGGUCCUAACUAAGCACACAGUGUUUCACCCUGAGGAAGAGGAGGACGAGGAGGACGAGGAGGACGAGGAGGAGGAGGAGGAAGCUGCUGCUGCCCAGGAAGUUGAAGCCAACGUCCUUGUUCCACAAGAAGUCCUGCGGAUUCAGGGGUCAAACAUAGAAGCCGCUGAGCCAGAGGUAGAGGCUGCCGAGCCAGAAGUGGAGGCGGCUGAGCCAGAGGUAGAGGCUGUCGAGCCCAAUGGAGAGGCAGAAGGGCCAGGAGGAGAGGCCGCCGAGCCCCACGGAGAGGCGGAGCAGCCAAGUGUCGAUGCAGACGAGCCAGACGGAGCAGGGAUCGAAGACCCGGAGGAGGGAGCUGAAGGGCCCGAGGUAGAUGCCGAUGGGCCCGAGGGCCUAGGGGUGGGAGACCCAGAAGAGGAAGGUGAGGACGAGGAGAUUCAGGUGGCCGAGCCCUACGACAGCUGCCACGAGUGCACAGAAGCCUUCCCACACCGCGCAGCCUCCGGGGCGCCCCCAAAGGCCCAGGCUAGCAUGGUCCUGCUGGAGCCCGCCGGGGCCCCUGGGGAGUGCUCAGGCUACAUCCAGCACGCCAGCACCAGCACCAGCACAGGAAGCCCCGAGCCGGCCGGCGAGAAGCGCUUCAGAUGUGACGUCUGUGGGCAGCUCUUCAGUGACCGCCUGUCCCUUGCCAGGCACCAGAACAGCCACACUGGCUGAGCAUCUACAACUGGACCCUUACCCAACACAAGACUCUGAUAGGUCAGUAGGAAACUUACCUUGCAUGUACACACCUGGCUUACACCAGACAGCUCAGCUCACAGUGUGGACACUCCUUCAGUCUCAGUUCCUCCCCACUGAGCAUCAGUGUCUGCACAUCCCUUACCUUCUAUCCCAGCAACCAGACUGAGCCAGCCUGACGGGCAGGCCCAGUCGCCUGUAAACCAUGCUCCUGUUCCCUGCGGUGUACAUAAAGAGCAGAGCAUAGCAAAGUGGCGAUCAUGUGCAUUUCAAUUGAAUGAUAUACAGUUGCAGUUUACUGUGCAGAGGUAUCUCACCUGGCACUCUGAUUUUUUUUUUUUUUUUUUUUUGGAGGAGGAAGAGAGCAACAAAAUAGAAUAUAUUUGUAAGUGUCUUCGGUCUGAGAAAGAUACAUUGUGCAUUAUCUGAACCCUGUCAGUAUCUUUGCUACAUUUCUUACUCCUAGUCUCGUGAAGGUGUAGACAUGAAAAUGUCUUUUGCUCUUUGCUGCUUGAAAUCAGGAGUGAUUUUAGCUUCUGUGUACAGCCAUUUCGUCUGCACCAACACCUUGCAGCCUAAUGCUAUAAGAAGCCUUUACGAUUCAUGGAUUGGCCCUUGUGACCACGUCAAAAUGUUCCCCCUUGUAUGUACCUUGGAGUGGUUCUCAUACAAAAACAUUACAAUUUGGGUGGUUUUUUUUUUUUUUUUAACCAACAUAACGUGUGUUCAAUAGUGAAUUUAAAAUGUGAUGCUUUUACCCAUAAAUCCUAAGUCUUUGCCUUUAAAGAAUGGGUUGCAACCGUCACUAGAUCACAGUCGUGCCUAAUGAAGGUUGAGAACCACAAGACAGACUCAUGCUGUAAAUAAGGAAGCAGGCCAACAACCUCAUCACUUCUCGAUGCUUCCUGCCUUAAGUGACAAGUAGCAACGUGGCUGGAGUCACCUUUGUGGCCUGCGUGCUGCCACAAGUCAGCCUGCUCCCUGGGUGCCCAGGAGCUAGCAUCCUUAGAUCUCUCUAUGGCUUGAACCUAAUUCUCUUCGUUACCUGACUCUAACCCCGUGACUCUUUAACCCCAUGACUCUUUAACCCCAUGUCUAACUUGCAAUUUAAAAAAAUUAAAAAGUGUAAAAAAAAAAAAAAAAAAAAAAAAAAGCUUUCUUUACAGUUAACCCAAGCUUAACAUGGACUCAGGUUCCCCAGCAGCCUUAAUUUGUUUUGUUUCCAUCUGUUUCUUCUCUUUGCGCCUUCCUAGGCAUUUCUGAGCUAUCCAUUAGUGUCGCGUUGUCUGAUCUUGGUUUUCCUCUUGAUCACAAACUGACCUCAGCUUGAGGUUUCCCCAGGUCCUGUUCUGUGGACAUCCAGUGCUCCUUUGCUUCUCCCCUUGCAUAAUGGCUAUAUUAAGAAAUUUUCUGGCCUUGAGUUGGCUGGAAAAAAAAAAACUUAAAAACUUUAAAAAAAUUAAAAAAAAAAAAGCGGAUCUGUAGUU